AUGACGGAGACUUUAGAUCUUAGCAAUAGUCGGUGGGUAUUCGAUCAAAGCCUGUUACAAGGUGAUGCGCAACAUGCAGAAAAAUCUCAGGGUCAAAACUUGCACCAUUCUGAAAAAUCUGUUAGGGAGUUGGUUAUUUCUAAACAACAUACUCGUGUUUUCCCUGUGGAUAACCAAUUAAUGGGCCGGAUGGAGGAUCAAUUAGUUCGAUGGAAACGACCAGCAUCCUCGCAUCUUGGCACAGUACAAGUAAUCGAGGGCACUCAUCCAUACCAACAGGAACCUAUUUCAAUGUCACAAACGUGGUCCCAGAUAAGAGAUGCAUUUUCGACAAGAAUGCAGAGAAAUAGUAUCAAUGAUACACAAGAGGAUGAAGAAGAAGAUUUAGAUGGGCUUGACUUGGGCAAUACCGAAAUUUGGAAUUACAAAGACAAAGCAUUUACUACUGAACGUAUUGACACCUACCGUUCCAACAUUAUCGAUGAAUACAAUGCAACAACGUCAAUGACUGCAAAAGCCGUACCCGUAACGUUGAAAUUACCAGCAAGAACAGAUGAUAUGACGAUAAAUAGUCAGUACACGUAUCACUACCCAAUUCCACAGUACUACCUACCACAUUCACAACAACAGCAAAACAACAACAAUGUAACAAACUCUAGACAAAUGACGCAGGCUUCUCAAGAUGCAUCCUUCUCUUGCUCCAGUUGGUUAUGUUUUACUUGA